UAUUAGAAAGAAAGAAAAAAAAAAAUCAAAAUGGAGAAAUACGACAAACUGGAGAAGGUAGGGGAGGGUACCUACGGCAAGGUUUACAAGGCCAAAGACAAGGCGAGCGGCCAAUUGGUGGCCCUUAAGAAGACCCGUCUUGAGAUGGACGAGGAGGGCAUCCCUCCCACCGCUCUCCGAGAGGUCUCCCUCCUUCAGAUGCUCUCCCAGUCCCUCUACGUUGUCCGCCUCCUCUGCGUCGAACACGUCGACACCAACAAGAACGGCAGUUCCAAGGCCAAUCUCUACUUGGUCUUCGAGUACCUUGACACCGAUCUCAAGAAGUUCAUAGAUUCCCAUCGCAAGGGUUCCAACCCAAGGCCCCUCCCUUCCUCCCUCAUUCAGUCCUUUCUCUUCCAGCUUUGCAAAGGCGUCGCCCACUGCCAUAGCCACGGCGUCCUCCACCGCGAUCUGAAGCCCCAGAAUCUUCUUCUGGACAAGGACAAGGGCAUCCUUAAAAUUGCAGAUCUGGGCCUUGGCCGUGCUUUCACUGUUCCUCUCAAGAGCUACACUCAUGAAAUUGUCACACUCUGGUACAGGGCUCCGGAGGUUUUGCUUGGCUCCACUCACUACUCCACCGCCGUAGACAUGUGGUCCGUUGGAUGCAUCUUCGCUGAAAUGGUUAGAAGGCAAGCAUUGUUCCCCGGCGAUUCCGAGUUCCAGCAAUUGCUUCACAUUUUCAGGUUGCUGGGCACCCCAACUGAGAAGCAGUGGCCUGGGGUUACAUCUCUAAAGGAUUGGCACGAGUAUCCACGGUGGGAGCCUCAGAACUUGGCACGUGCUGUUCCUUCCCUUUCUUCUGAUGGAGUUGAUCUUCUAUCCAAGAUGCUUAAAUACGAUCCAGCGGAGAGAAUAUCAGCGAAAGCAGCAAUGGAUCAUCCUUAUUUUGACAGCGUUGACAAGUCCCAAUUCUGAUUUUGCAUUGCUUGGUUAUGGUAUUAUAUGGAAUUUACUCGUGUAGCAUGGUAUAUUGUUACUCACUAGGUGCUACUUUCCUGAAAUCAAAGCACCAACUUUGGAGGAAGCUUCAAAAUAUGUGGGGAAAUUAGUUGCAUUCAUCUAGGUGAUCCAAACAAGAUUUGAAAAAUGAAUUCUAGUUUUUCAUGUACCUGCGAGCAUUUCUUAAGUUUGUAAUGAUCAAGUAAUAUCAACUAGUUAAAUUUGAAACUCUUGUUGAUAUCUGAUUUAAUCCAAUUUAAAUCAGCUUAUCGAGCAUCUUCAGGUAACUUUGACUGUUUUUGAGCCAGUGGACUGAUUUUGCAGUUUACUUUUGUUUUGGAAUGUUUUGAGGUUCUUGAAUGAUUUGGUAAAAGUUUUCGUUCAAUUGGAAAGGUAAAUUUAUUAAUUUCAUAUAUUUGGUAAUCUUUGAUCCGGUCAGGCUGGUUAUAGUUUCGUGGGGGUUCAUCUUUUGUAUAUUUAGUUAUCUAAUUGAUUAAUGCUAGCAGGCAAGCGGCAGUGCUGAAGAUAUGCCUUGCGUUUAUGAUUUAGUUUUAUAGGGUGACUUCUGCGGCCAGCUGUCUGAAUGUGAUUCAGCUGGCCGUGGAGAAUUAAU